CCUCAGGCAGAGGUUCUGCGGUCUGUUGACUUGAACUGUUCCAGUUUCCUCCCAAACUUCAAUUCUCAUUUUCCACUGAGGUGAUGGAGGACACCGAGAACGAAUUCCAGCGGGUGAUACGCAGGCACUAUCGUGAAAAAAGGGAGCUGCAAGCUCACAUUCAGGCCCUGAAAAGUUCUGUCCCAAAGAAUGACAAGAACAGAAGAAAGCAGUUGCUUGCUGACGCUGCCCGCCUCGAGGUCGAGAUGGAACAGAGACACCAGCAAGAGCUGGAGAAAUUUAAAAAAGAUCCUGACACUGACGUGGAGUCAAUUACAGCCGACCUAACAAAGAUGAACCUUGAGAAUCUUCCUCCACGCUUAUCAAGGGCCCAGAAAAGGCGCCAGCGAAGAGCUAAUGUGGAGCGACAACGCCAGGAAAGGAUGCCUACAACCCAGGCUGAACAGCAGGCCACCUACCGCCGUGAGGAGGAAGAGAAGGUGGCUGCCAUUCUGGGAGCCAAAAAUCUGGAGAUGAAGACCAUCCCUGCCGAUGGCCACUGCAUGUACCGUGCCAUCCAGGACCAGCUGGUGUUCUCGGUGACGGUGGAGAACCUGCGUUACCGCACAGCCUAUUAUAUGCGGAAACACAUUGAUGACUUCUUACCUUUCUUCACUGAACCCGAGGCCGGCAACUUCUACACCCGUGAAGAUUUCCUGAGGUACUGUGAUGACAUCGUGCACAAGGCAUCGUGGGGCGGCCAGCUAGAACUGAGAGCCAUGUCGCAUGUCCUGAAGACCCCCAUCGAGGUAGUACAGGCCAACUCACCCAUCAUUGUUAUUGGGGAGGAGUACAACCGGAAGCCGCUCACACUGGUCUAUCUGCACUACGCCUGCGACUUCGGAGAGCACUACAAUUCAGUGAAGCCCAUCGAGACCCCUGGCGCCAUUGGAGGCGCUGCACCGCGCUUGUUCUAGAAGUUUCCAGCAGCUUCAGACCUCUGCCCUAGGCGCCAUGUUUCUUCCACGCUUGACACCACAGAUCCUGGGAGAACCAAAACAGCUAUGGCGUUUCUUAGUAGGAGCAAUUGCUUUUUCUUUGGUUGGUUUAUAUUUCUUUCAAGAUUUACUUAAAUCUUGAAAUCUACCCCUUCCAAGUUCUGCCUCCGUUUGUUUGUUUUGUUUGUUUGUUUUGUUUGUUUGUUUUGUUUGUUUGUUUUGUUUGCUUUCCCACUGUUAUUUGUGUCUUCUUUGGGGUGAGGGGCAUAAUCACAAAGAAUACCUCCUUGGAACACCCAAGAGGCUUAUGUUUCAUCAAGCAUAACUUCGUUUGGCCCUUAAGUACCUUUGUUGUGGUUGGGCAUCAAUCAACUUUAGGCUAAAAAUUGAAAUUUUGGAUUUACUCAUUGUUUACCUGGGUUUAAAUAAGUUUAGUAAAAGGGUUCAGUUUGUUGGAUUUUUCCUCAGUAUCUAUCAACCCACUUGAUAAAAGUGGAGUUUGUAUGACAGAAGUGAUCUAUAUGUGUUUUUCAUUGUGUUUUCCCGGGAAAAGGUCUGUUUGCAUUGCUUUUAACUAAUGUUAGAAUGCCUGGAUUAUAAACAAGUCUUCCAGUAGUAAUUUACUGUUUUGCUUUUCAUUCAAACUUGUGAGGUUGAAAAUGGAUUUUAGCUUCUCAAUAUUUUCUAAGCUGUAAAAAAUGCAUUUUCAAAUUUAAAAGCUAAAUGUAACUGUUAGAGAAAUUCAGUUUAAAUGAGCCAGUAAGGCUUACCCCAAAGAUGUGAGAGAUCUGAACUUAGUGACUUUACUUAAUUUUUUAGAGACAAAAAAUGUUUUCAAAGUAAUUUUGAGAGUUUCUAAAAUAGUUGGUGCAGUUUUGUGUAAAGGAAGACAGUGACCAGUACAGCUGUGCUUCUGUUGAAGAAGAGUCAAGAGGAGCAAGAACAGAGUGACUGGCAGACGUUUUGAAGGUUAAUUAUCAGGUUCUGUAUUUCAGUGAAGUUAUUUAAAACCAUUUGUAAAAGCCUUUGUCCCUUCCACAUGUUCUCAAACAAUAUAUGGGAGUUUAAAAACUUUUAAAAACAACUUGCAAUGUGUUCAAAAUAAAA